GGUGAAGCAAGCCAUCUUUUAGAAUGCAGUCAUAAUGUGUUGAAUAAUAUACCCUUUUAUAAUAAUAAUAAUAAUAAUAAUGAAGAAGAAGACGACGACGACGACGAUAAUACACCAUUAAUUCAACACAUACCAAUACCACAAUGCAAUAAGACAGGAAUUAUUCCAACCUAUUCUCCUCCUUCUUAUUCUACUUUUCCAAGAUUAGGUGUUUAUAUAGGAAGAGGUACAAUGGAUCAUAGUGAAGAAGCAGAAAAUGAGAGGAAUCGAAGGGCAGGAUUAAUUUAAAAAAAAAAAAGAAAAAAUACCAGUAUCACUGUAGCAAUAAUUAGCGGAACUUUUUUUUUUUUUUUUAAUAAUUUUGGCAUAUGCACCCCCGCUUUCAUUUAUUAUACUUUUUUCUACCCUAUAAAAUAAAAAAAAAAGGAAAUGCAUCGACAAUUAAGAUCAUUACGAUCAUUCAAUAAAUCAAACUUAUUUCAUUCUUUAUCAUGUUCUCGACAAGCGUUUGUUGCUUCAACUAUACCUACCGACUUUGAUGUUAUAGUCAUUGGAGGAGGCCAUGCUGGUACUGAAGCAUGUGCAGCCGCUGCUCGUUCAGGGGCAAAGACGUUAUUACUAACACAAAACAAAGAUACCAUUGGUGAAAUGUCUUGCAAUCCUUCUUUCGGCGGUGUUGGUAAAGGUGUACUUGUUAAAGAAAUUGAUGCUUUGGAUGGUGUAUGUGGUCGUAUAUGUGAUCUUGCUGGUAUACAAUUUAAAGUGUUGAAUAAAUCUAAAGGACCUGCAGUUUAUGGGCCCAGAGCACAGAUCGAUCGCCGAUUAUACAAGAAACAUUUACAAGAAUAUUUAAACAAUUACCCUAAUUUGACUAUUCAAACAGGAAGCGUAUCUGAUCUUUUAUUAAACGAUAAUGUAACAGAAGAUGAAUAUCAAUUAAUGACCAAGAAAGGUGCAUCUCAAAUUGUGAAAGGUGUACGAUUAGACAAUGGGCAGAUUAUUAGAGCACCUAAUGUAGUUAUUACGACUGGCACUUUUUUGGGAGGGGAAAUACAUUUAGGGUUAAAGUCGUGGCCAGCUGGUAGAAUAGGGGAAAAUCCAUCUAUUGGUUUAUCAAAAUCUUUAAAAUCAGCUGGAUUUAAAUUAUCGAGAUUGAAAACAGGCACACCUGCAAGAUUGGAUGGUAGAACGAUUCGCUAUGAAGGUUUACUAGUACAAGAAGGAGAUAAUCCACCAUCCCCAUUUUCAUUUUUAAACAAAACAGUUCCUUAUGCAGAUCAUCAAAUAUUAUGUUAUCAAACAAAAACAAAUAUAAACGUACAUAAAUAUAUUUCGGACCAUUUUGAUCAAAGUAUUCAUAUUAGAGAAACAGUGAAGGGACCUCGUUAUUGUCCCUCUUUAGAAAGUAAAAUUAAACGAUUUAGUGGAAAGGAGGCACAUAAUAUUUGGCUGGAACCUGAAGGUCUUGAUACCCAUAUUGUAUAUCCAAAUGGUAUUUCAAAUACAAUGCCAGAAGAUGUUCAAAUCAAUUUUUUGAGAAUGAUUAAAGGCUUAGAACAAGUGAUUAUGCUCAAGCCAGCUUAUGGAGUUGAAUAUGAUCAUAUUGAUCCAAGAGAAUUAAGAUCUACACUUGAGACUAAAAGAAUACAAGGACUAUUUUUAGCGGGACAAGUGAAUGGAACAACAGGUUAUGAAGAGGCAGCUGCGCAAGGUAUAAUUGCAGGUAUUAAUGCAGGUUUAAACGCAAUGGGCAAACCACCCUUUAUAUUGGACAGAUCCGAUGCGUAUAUUGGUGUCUUAAUAGAUGACUUAAUUACAAAAGGUGUGGAAGAGCCAUACCGUGUAUUUACAGCGAGAUCUGAAUAUAGAUUACUUUUACGUGCUGAUAAUGCGGAUACUAGACUGACAGCAAAAGGAUAUCUAGCAGGUGUAGUAGGACAAGAGAGAUGGGAACACUAUCAAGUAUAUUCAAAGAAAUUUAAUAAUGCUAUGGAAGCUUUAGAAAAUUUGAAAAUGUCUGCUAAGAAGUGGGGUGAUCAUGGCAUUUGUACUAACAACCGUACUUCUUUUGUAAACGAUAAUGGAACCUUAAGAAGUGGUAUAGAUUUAUUAACUUGGCCACACAUUACUUUGGAUCACUUUGAAGAACUUUUACCUGAAUUAAACCAUUUAGAACCUUCCUUAAAAGAGCGCAUUAUGAUCGAAGGUCGUUAUAAGCCAUUUCUGAAAAGACAAGAAGUAGAAGUGGCGGCAUUAAAACGAGAUGAGCACUUAAAUUUAGAUAUCAAUUUAGAUUAUUUAAAUAUGAAUCAACUUUCUAAUGAAGUUCGACAAAAACUAGCAACUGUACGACCAGAAACCUUGGGAGCAGCAAAAAGAAUUGAAGGCAUGACACCAGCUGCAAUGGUUAUUUUGAUGAAGUAUGCGAAACGUAACUAUAAUAAAAAGGUACUCUCAUCUGCAUAAGAUGCGUGCUCAAAUAAAAUAUAUAUUUAUAUGACAAUGUAUUAUACCAUCAUUACAAAUUAUGUAAUAUCAAUAUAUUAUAGCUUUUUAUAAAUUAAUUCAUAUUUUUUGAUAUACCUGCAUACAAUUGCUUCUCAUUACAGCAAUCAUAGCUUUAGUGUUAUGUAAUUCUUAGUUCAUAAGUCUUGUAUUAAAAGAUUUUUAGGACCACCUAUAGAGUCGACAUUUAAAAGAUAAAAUAAAAUAAAUUAGCCACCAUCAUCUCGAAACCUGUGCCUUU